CCUCCACUCCUCUUCUUCCUCUUCUUGUCUCGUCUCUGAUCAGAUCUCUCCAUGAUGUCUGAGAGGAGGUGUUCUGAGGACGACGACCGCUCCUCUCUCAUCUCCCGGCUGGGUUCUGACUCUCCUCGUCCUCGGAUGAAGUAUGGGGGGAUGUUCUGUAGCGUCGAAGGAGCUUUUGAGAACAAAACUCUGAACUUUGAGUCGUUCAGUCCUCAGACGCAGCGUCGUCGAGCUGCUCGACCCCAACCGCAGAGUCCUCAUGGGGGAGGGAGAGUGUUGUUUCCCCCCGGACACACCUGGGAGAACCACGGCAAGAGAGAGGGUGACCGUCUGAUAAUCAAAGGAGGAAAGAUAGUCAAUGACGACCAAUCGUUCUACGCUGACGUCUAUGUGGAAGACGGGACCAUCAAACAGAUUGGGGAGAACCUGAUCAUCCCAUCCUGCGUGAAGACGGUGGAUGCGUACGGUCAGCUGGUGAUCCCCGGGGGAGUCGAUGCCAACACCAACCUUCACGCCCCACAGAGAGGCAUGAACCCCACAGACGACUUCUACCAGGGAACCAGAGCCGCCCUUUCGGGAGGAACCACCACCAUCAUUGUGUUCACAGUGGACCAUGUGCUGGUGGAGCCGGGGGCGAGUUUACUGACAGCGUUCGAUCAGUGGAGGGAGGCAGCGGAGGAGAAGUCAUGCUGCGACUUCUCUCUACACCUGGACAUCACUCGCUGGCAUGAAGGACUGUGUGAAGAGCUGGAGAUACUCAUCAAAGAUCAAGGUGUGAACUCCUUCCUCUUCUUUAUGGCUUACAAAGACAAGUACCAGAGCUCCGACUCUCAGCUCUAUGAGGCGUUUGGGGUCCUCCGGGAUCUUGGGGCCAUCGCCCAGAUCCACGCAGAGAAUGGUGACAUCAUUGACGAGGAACAGAAGAAACUUCUCUUUCUCGGCAUCACCGGACCUGAAGGACACAUUUUGUCACACCCUGAGGAGGUGGAGACUGAAGCUGUUUAUCGAGCUGUAACCAUUGCCAAACAGACCAACUGUCCGCUAUAUGUUACCAAGGUGAUGAGCAAGUCUGCUGCUGAGGUCAUCGCCAAAGCCAGGAAGAAAGGUAUCGUGGUGUACGGGGAGCCAAUCACUGCCAGCCUGGCCACUGACGGUUCUCACUAUUGGUCAAAAGACUGGCCUACAGCUGCUGCCUUUGUCAUGAGCCCACCUCUCAACCGGGAUCCUUCAACUCCACAGUACCUGACAUCCCUGUUAGCAUGUGGAGACCUCCAGGUGACGUCCAGCGCUCAUGCCAGCUUCUCCACAGCUCAGAAAGCAGUCGGUAAAGAUGACUUCACUCUGAUCCCAGAGGGAACCAACGGAAUUGAGGAGAGGAUGUCUGUGGUGUGGGAUAGAGCUGUGUCCACAGGAAAGAUGGAUGAGAACGAGUUUGUUGCAGUAACAAGCACCAAUGCUGCUAAACUCUUCAACAUUUACCCACGCAAAGGAAGGAUUGCAGUAGGAUCGGAUGCUGACAUUGUAAUUUGGAAUCCGAAGGAGACACGAACUGUUUCUGCAAAGACUCACAACCUGAUGGUGGAGGUAAACAUCCUGGAGGGUUUGGAGUUUCGAGGUGUGGCGUCGGUGGUGAUCAGCGGCGGUCGAGUUGUUCUUGAAGACGGGAAACUCAACGUGACCAAAGGUUCAGGGCGCUUCAUUUCCAGAAAGGCUUUCCCAGACACUGUCUACAAAAGGAUUAGAGCCCGCAGCAAGAUGGCUGAGGCUCGCGGAGUCCCCCGUGGAAACUACGACGGUCCGGUUCAUGAUGUCAUCAGCGUGCCCAAAUUGGUCCCACCCACUCCGACCACCAGGGGGCCCACUUGUCCAAAAACCCAGGCCAGUCUCCGAAACCUCCACCAAUCAGGAUUCACCCUGGCAGGAAACCAGGUUGAUGAUCACAUACCUCGUCGCUCUGCUCAGAAGAUCGUGGCGCCGCCUGGUGGUCGAUCCAACAUUACAUCCUUAUCUUAAAAGUGUAGAAACAAGCUGUCACGUUGAGUUUGUCCAACACAGCACUGCAGUUUCACCUUCACUACUUGAUACAGCCCAACCUUUACAGUUCCUGCAACAGCAGUGCUAAGCCCUCCAACAACGUUACAGUGACCAUAAUACAACACUGAAAAAAGUGCUAGCAAAUAAGUGCUCCAAAUUUAAAUCCCAAAACUAAUACUAAAUCAUGAAAUAAUGGUUGUUCAAAAUCCACAAUCACUGCAAUAAGGGUCCUACAACACUGAAAUACUAUGAAGUAUGAUAAUAUUAAACUUGAUAAACUAAUGAAUAAAUGACUUCAUAAAUCAUUCACUAACUGUACUUCAAUAGAAGUCAGGUAAUUACUAUUACAAUUAUUGUACUACAACCCAACAUCUCCUACUACUACAAUCCUACAACAAUGGUACUUCAACCAGACCUCAAUGUAACUGGUCUUAGAAUCAGUCAUUUGAAGUCUGUUAACAGUGACUAAUGUAUUUCACAUCAUUUCAUUUCAUCUGUCCUAAAAAUCGUCACUUCAUUAUCUUCUCUUUGUAUCUUAUUGUUGUCUGAUGAAGGCACAUCUGGUAGUAGUAGUACUAUGAACUAUGAAAAGUAUUUUCUGGGUUGGGAAAAUAGUGUUUCCUUUAGGUCUUUCAUUAACAGAUGUGAUUAUUUCACUUGACUAUUGACUGGAUAGAUUUCCAGUACAGUAUUUUUUGUUAGAACUCUGUGACUUGUUUCUCGCUGGUGUUUUUAUUAUUCACAGCUGACUUCAUCUAGAAACGUCUUCCAUUCUUUCCAUAAACUAUUUAAUAAUAAUUUAAUAUUUAUGAUUCUGUUUUGGUCUGUGUAGCCGUGAUAGCGGUACCCAGCGGUAUCUUGGACAAAUGCGUCGAGCUUGCCGGAUCACAAUUGUUUUAUUGGUUUGCGCAGCAGUUUUUUCGGUCCUCUCGUUCGCCCCGAGCGUCCGGUCAAGAGUCCUUCUCCGAGUCAGCAGCAGAUGAUCAGUGUUCAUCAGCUGCGCUCAUUAACUAUCUCCCGGCACCAUUCCCCCUUGUUCUCCCACUCUGCAGCUGAGCUAACCACACCGCGCCAUGCACAUUUUAGUCCUGAUGAUAGCGAGUCCGUUUUAUUCUGGACUGACUGAGUGUGACGCAGCUUUGGUUUAGAAUGGACUUCUAUAGCACGCCCCCUACCGGAUGGAAACUAAACAACUCACCCAGAAAUAUCUGAAACAGACUUAACAUCCCCAGAAAUUCAAAGAACAAAUUCAAAGAUAAACACUUUAUCUGUGGCAUCCUUUAAGAACUGAAUUACAAUAUGCCAUCUACUGCUUUCUCCUGUUGGCCCCGCCCACACAUAAACGGAGGAAACGGAGGAACUUCAUACACUUCGGCCAUACUAGAAAAAUAAAGUCUGAAGCAUGGCGCAAAUAUUCAGAUUUUUAAGCUCAACUUUUUCUUGAAAGCACAGUAGUAUCUUGUAAACACUUGGGCUUACCAAUUCAUAAACUAUUUGUACCAAUCCAUAGACUUAGUUUACCAAUCCCUCUGCUCGGUUUACCGAUGUAUGCGCUUUGUUUCCUAUGUCUGUACAGGGCAUCCUGGGAUGUCACAGCUGCAGAAAACCACUCUGUUUUUACUGUAUAACCUAUAUGUAAUUUUUAACUCUGUGUUCUAAAUUGUAAAGCCUUUAUUUGAUACCAUGAUCAUUUUGUAUUUUUUUAAAGUUUUUCUAUCUUGGCAGUUUUAGCAUCAGUAAUUGUAGUGUUCAGAAAGACGUCAGACACGUUGGUGCCAAGUUGUUGCUGUAGUUAUAUAUUGGAUCCAACAUAGCAUCCUUAUUUAACUACAGUACAGACUCAGUUUCAAAUCAAGGAGUGAUGUGCAUUUGUUGUUGUUUUUGAUGUUGUUAUUGUUCCUGUGAAGAAAAUAGAACUACUAAGUGAGAUGUGCAUGAAUAAACUGUGAAUUGAAACCCU